AUGCCCUUGAGUAGUGCGAGGUUGCUGACUGUUCUGUCUAAAUUCUACCACGGAAACAGAAGCCUCCAUGUCAGUGCUGUGUGCUUCAAGAACAAAGCGGCUCGGAUUCGUGUUGGGAAAGGAGACAGACCCUUAACUUAUGAACAAGCUCUUCCUCCUCAUCAAAUUGGCCAUAGGAAAGGCUGGCUGUCACACCACACUGGUAACCUAAAAGGAGAGGCUGGAGCUGCAGAGCGUACAAUUGAGGACGUUUUCAUAAGGCGCUUCAUGUUUGGCACUUUCCAUGGCUGCCUUGCCAAUGAGAUCGUGAUCAAAAGGCGUGGAAAUGUGCUCAUAAGUCACUACUGUCCCACUUUUAUAAAUGCCCUGUUAAAUUAG